AUGGUCUCUCUGAAAAACAUCUUCACAGGCGCCGCGCAGACUGUGCUGUGUCUGGGAGCAUCUACGCAAGAUCCGGUGGUGCUCAAGGGGUACGGCUCAUUCACGGGGACACUGAUCAACUCCACGCUGAGUGGCGCGUCUCUUGCUCAGGAUGUCGAUGCGUGGCUAGGAAUUGAUUAUGCGACGCAGCCGGUAGGCGAUGGCCGUUUUCGCCCAGUUACUUGGCCCCCUUCGUUCAGAGGUGUCAAGGCUGCGACAAGUUACGGGAAGAGCUGCAUCCAGGCCACAUCCAGCAUUAGCGAAGCAGACCAGGAUGAAGCAUGCCUCAACUUCAAUGUUUUCCGACCUUCCGGUAUUCCCCGCAGCCAGAAGCUGCCUGUCCUUGUCUGGAUUCAUGGCGGUGCUUUCUUCGCCGGGGGUUGGCGCAAUUUCGACGGUCCGUCCUUUGUCGCCUCGUCCAAGCAACCUGUCAUCGUCGUGACAUUUCACUACCGGGUCAAUUCUUUGGGCUUCAUUUCCUCUCCUCUGUUCGAGGAGGAGGGACUUCUAAACUUGGGUAUCCGUGAUCAACAUCUAUUGCUCAAGUUCGUUCAGAGGCAUAUUCGUUCCUUCGGUGGUGAUCCCAAGUCUGUCACCAUUGGCGGUCGCUCUGCUGGGGGCCACUCCGUUGGUAUUCACUAUUUCCACAACUAUGGCGAAGAUGAGGGUAAACCACUCUUCGCUCGGGCUAUCCACCAAUCAGGUUCUGUGACGGCGCGAGCAUUUCCUGAUGCCCACUAUCCUCUGUAUGCAGAACAGACAGCCAAAUAUCUUUCAUACUUGGGCUGUGAUCAAGGACUAGACAACACUGCUACCCUGUCUUGUCUGAGAAGUGCUGAUAUUGGAGAGAUUCGAAAUAUCAGUGUGCAGCUAUAUAAUGAGUACAACGAGGCAUUAACAUGGCCAUUUCAACCUACCAAGGGUGGGCCACUCCUCGAGAAGUUUGGGUCCCAGUCUGGAUACGACGGCACAUUCUUCCAUGUCCCGGUUAUUACUUCUUCCGUUACAGAUGAAGGAAAAUUCUACAUUCCCGGGGACAAAGAGACCAACGAUGAGUUUCUGGACUACCUGCACAACAUUUCACCAGCUCUGAGUAGCGAUGAUUUGUCUUUGCUUGAAUCUCUCUACAUAGACCCGGCAACUGAUCCUUCGUCCCCUUUCGCCAACUCUCCCAACAGCACACAGUACAAUCGUUUGGCUGCUGCUUGGUCCGACUAUGCUUAUAUUUGCCCUUCGCAAGAAACUGCAUACCGUACAUCUCUUGCAGGUGUGCCAACAUGGAAAGUCCGUUUCGACACCAACAACAACUUUCCCGACUGGCAAGGAAUUCCACAUACAGCAGAUACCAGAUAUACUUGGGAUGAACCUUUAUCGGUUCAGUACCCCGAUGUCAGUCACAUUUACCACGGCUAUCUGUCCAGUUUCGUCGUUAGCGGUGAUCCAAACACCUAUCGGUUCGAGGGAAGUCCAACUUGGCCUCGAUAUGAAGUCAAUCAGGCAAGUAAUGGAUCGCUACAGUUGACGGUCAGGCCAUCAGGUGGUACAAAGGUGGAUCUGGACAACAUUCGAACGGAAGCUUGUCAGUUUUGGAGAGACCCGGCUCGAGCAGCUAGACUUAACAAGUAG